AUGGAUGACUACACGGUACUGAAGGUGAUUGGGGAAGGCUCCUUUGGCCGGGCUCUCUUAGUACGACAAGAAAGCAGCAACCAGAAGUACGCGAUGAAGGAAAUAAGGCUUCCCAAGUCUCUCUCUGAUAUAAAGAACUCUAGGAAGGAAGCCAUUCUAUUGGCUAAAAUGAGACAUCCCAAUAUUGUUGCCUUUAAGGAGUCAUUUGAAGCUGAUGGACACUUGUAUAUCGUGAUGGAAUAUUGUGAUGAAGGUGAUCUCAUGCAAAGGAUUAAAAAUCAAAAAGGAAAAUUAUUCCCUGAGGAUAUGAUACUUCACUGGUUUACACAGAUGUGCCUGGGAGUGAAUCACAUUCAUAAAAAAAGGGUGUUACACAGAGAUAUCAAGUCCAAGAAUGUCUUCCUCACCCAGAAUGGAAACAUAAAAUUGGGAGAUUUUGGAUCUGCCCGACUUCUCUCCAAGCCUAUGGCAUUUGCUUGUACGUAUGUGGGAACACCUUAUUAUGUGCCUCCAGAAAUUUGGGAGAAUAUGCCCUAUAACAAUAAAAGUGACAUAUGGUCCUUGGGAUGCAUUUUGUAUGAACUUUGUACCCUCAAACAUCCAUUUCAGGCCAAUAGCUGGAAGAAUCUUAUCCUUAAGAUAUGCAAAGGAUCCUACAACCCGCUUCCAUCUCAUUACUCCUAUGAACUUCGCUAUCUAAUAAAACAGAUGUUUAAGAGAGAUCCCACAUCGCGCCCUUCUGCUACUACAAUUCUCUCUAGAGGCUCUUUAGCAAAGCUUCUCCAGAAGUGCUUGUCACCAGAGAUAGUUAAAGAGUAUGGUGAGCAGAUCAUAGAAGAAACCAGGAAGUCUAAGAAUGCUACACCAGGAAAAAUGGGUAAUGGCCCUGCCAGGACAAAUGUAAGCCCAGGAAAUGAGGCAAUUACUAUGCAAGGAGAAGAAAAAGGUAAAAAAUGUAGCCCUGCUGACUUAGAGAAAAUUAAUAAAAAUUUGGCUGAAAAUGCACUGAAGCAAAUAAGCAAUGAGGAAAAAGAAAAUAAAUCAAUCCAUCUGAGGAAAGGUAACUCUCCAAGCCCUCAGAGGCGACAGUGGGAGAAGAACAUAUCCAAUACAGCUGUCAAUGCCCUGGAAAAUGCGUCUAUACUUUCUUCCAGUUUACCUUCAGAGGAUGAUAGAGGUGGUUCUGUAAUAAAGUACAGUGAAAAUAAUACCAGGAAGCAGUGGCUCAAAGAAUCUCCUGAAACUUUGUUGAAUAUCCUUAAGAAUGCUGACCUUAGCUUGGCAUUUCAGACAUAUACAAUAUAUAAAUCAGGCUCAGAUAAUUUCCUGAAAGGACCUCUUUCGGAUGAAGCAGAAACAUCAGAUUGUAUAGAUGGAGAUCAUGAUAUCAUCUUGGACCCUGAGAGACUUGAACCUCGAUUAGAUGAAGAGGACACGGACUUUGAAGAAGAAGAUGAUGACCCAGAUUGGGUGUCUGAACUAAAGAGAAGAGCUGAAUUAAAGUGUGGGGCUCAUGAAUAAUUCCAAAGAAAUGUUUCUUAAACACAUUCAGAAGAAUUGUUAAAUUAAGUAAUCAACACUGUGU